GGAGCUUUCAUCGCCAUUACGUUUUGCUAUGUGAAUAAAGAGGUGCAAGGUUACCUGAAGAGCUCAUGCCUACGCCUGCUACGACAUAGCGGUAGAAAGGAAAUGAAUUCGCGCUCCUACACUGUGACAACACAAUACAUUUCUGAGUAUAGCCGUACUCGUUCAUCCAACGGAAAUAACGACACGGUGGCCCUUAGACCAAUCUGCAACUCACAGAGCGGAGAGGCCUUUCUGCCAAAAGAGUCCAGCGUCGAGCUCAUCAACGGAAACUUGCAUACCAUCACUGAAAACGUGGACGAGGACGUCCCGCUAAGUGUGGAAACAUGA